GGGCGAGCGGGACCCAUCGCGGGCCGGGAGGCUUUGCCGCGGGCGCCGCCGGCCUGAGGAGACCGAGGGGGAGCUCCGCCCGCAGGUCUUUGAGGAGGGCAAGGAUGGAACCCAGGGGCCUGGCCCAGCCAAUUGAUUUAGAGAUCAUGAAGAAUCUCAGACUACACUUGGUAACCUGGAAUGUGGGCACAGCUUCUCCUCCUCCUGAUGUCACUAGCUUACUUCAGCUCAGUUCACAGGGACCAAGUAUGGAUAUGUAUGUUAUUGGUUUACAGGAGGUGAACUCCAAGAUCAUAAAUUUCCUUUCUGACUUGGCAUUUGAUGAUCCGUGGAGCAUUUUCUUCAUGACUGUAUUCUCUCCUUUGGGUUAUAUCAAGCUCUCAUCCGUUCGAAUGCAGGGACUCCUACUGCUGGUCUUUGUGAAGCAUGCUCAUAUCCCCUUCAUACGGGACAUUCACACUCACUACACGCGCACAGGCCUUUAUGGAUAUUGGGGGAACAAAGGAGGCGUCACCAUUCGCAUGUCCCUCUAUGGUCAUAUGAUCUGCUUCAUGAAUUGCCAUUUGCCUGCUCACAUUGAGAAUGCUGAGCAACGACUGGAUGACUUCGAGAAAAUUCUGGAAAUGCAGCAGUUUGAAGAUGAGAAUGUGCCAAAUAUUCUAGACCAUGACAUUCUUUUCUGGUUUGGAGAUCUAAACUUCCGGAUAGCAGAUUAUGGAAUACAUUUUGUCCGAGAGUCAAUAAGCAAUAGCCGAUACAAUCUACUAUGGGAAAAGGACCAGUUAAAUAUGGCAAAGAAGAAGGAAGCUUUUCUCCAGGAAUUUAUAGAGGCCCUUGCAGUUAAACCCACUUACAAGUUUGACCUUCACUCUGAUGUGUAUGACACGAGUGGGAAGAAACGGAAGCCAGCAUGGACAGAUCGAAUUCUUUGGAGGGUGAAGAAUCUCUCCCAGCAUUCAUCAGAGGAUGGAGAUUUGUUUGAAGGAGAGCAGACAAUUUCUGUGACCCUGAAUAACUAUAUCAGUCACAUGAGCUAUGGCAUCAGUGAUCACAAACCUGUUACAGGAACCUUUGGGCUUCAGAUAAAACCUCUUUUUUCCACUCCAUUGGUCACUCUGAAUCCUGAGGGUGAGUGGAAUGCUGCUCAGGAUGUUCUAAUCAGCUAUUCCACGGUAUCUGAAUUUCCAAGCAGUACCUGGGACUGGAUUGGGCUCUACCAGGUGACAUUCAGGCAUGUGAAUGACUAUGUGACCUAUGCCUGGGUAAAAGAUGAUGAAAUUUCGUCCAGUGAAGAUGUUACUCAAGUUUACAUCAGUGCUGAUGAGAUCCCCCAUGCAGGAGGAGAGUUUCUCCUUUGUUAUUAUAGCCAUAAUAUGCAGUCUAUAGCUGGUAUGAGCCAGCCCUUCCAGGUUCAGCCAAGCAAGAGAUCAGCAGAGAAGGAACUGGCACAGGAGAACAUCGAUGGCAUAGAGAAACCUCACAGUCCCGAGCCAUAUAAUGAGUUCUGAUGUCAGAACUUAGUGAUAUUGAUUCAGGUGUCAGAGAUGCUUACCUUCCCUGUGUCUUAGCAAUUAUAGACCUUCCUCUGUAGGAGAUGGAGUCAGGCAGUGCAAAGGGUCCCACAGGUAGGGCUGUUCAGAUCAUAGACUUAAAGCUUCAUAGAAAGUAAUUUUUUGUGGAAAUGACUUUCUGUUGUCACCAUAGGAGGUAACUCUCUUGUGGUCCUGCAUGGAACCAGGGCUCUAAUGGCAGCUCCUGAUCAGUGCUGGACAACAUGAGAUCAUAGUGGAAAUCUCUGUUCCAGUGAUUUAAUCUGAAGUAGUUGCAUUCUGCAGCAACUUCCAAGUCUGCUGCUUUCCUGCUUUUUGUAGGAGAUAUUUUAGUAACCAUGCAGUUGAUUGAUUUUUAUUUUUAUUCUUUUUAGUGUUUCAGAAUUUAAGUGAAAUUAUUUUAAAAACAAAGUGUUAUUUAUUAGAUAUAUAAUUAUUGAGUUUAUUUUAAAGUAUUUUUGAAAUUUGAUGAAUAAAUGUUAGCAAAUGUUAUCUUUGGAAGCAACCAACUAUGGGGCAACAGAAGUAAUAUGAAAACAAAGUAUUUGGGUCACAUGGAUUUUCCUUUGACUUUUGACCCCUUUUACAUUCUGCCCCACGUUUCAAUAAUCUUUCUGAAUAAUUUUCCUGCUCAAAAUGUUAAAGACAAGCACAUAUCCAGCAAACCAAACUUUUACUUGAUUUCUGAUGCCUCUUUCAUUGAUAAUGAAAAUCAUAGAGGAAUUUGCCUAUUACCCCCAUGGACAAGAAAGAGCUUUUUGUGCUAGCUGGCAACUUGGAGUCAAUCCAGUAUCAUGUGGUUUCAGAAAUAAAUUUGUUUUUAAAUGCUGUUGCUUAGGGACAUUAAAAUAGUUCUCAAAUUGUGGUCCAUGGAGCACUUAUUGGCAAAGAGCUGACUGGUCACAUGAUGCUAACUCCUCUUUUCCAGCUGUUAAAUUAUAUUAAAAGAAGCUAAAAAAAAAUAGAUGGUUUGUUAUCUUAUUGCAAUUAAUUUGCUGGGGAGGAAAGGGUAUGAAAAUUUAUAUGAAACUUUUGGAGGCCAUUCAUAAAUCUCCAUAGACCCUUAGAUUGCAGAGCCAGUAAAGGGUACUUGUGAUUCCUUGCUGCCAUUCUCUGCUUUCUACAGGGGGUACACAACUUCAGCAACAUACAGAUUUGUGAUAAGUAACUGAUGUUAGUUGUCUCUCAGUGUAUUGUAAAUAAUGGCAAUAGUGAAAAUACAAAACUCAGAUCAGGAAAAGGAGCUGUAGAACCAAAAGACAUUGGUGUGUAUAUUUUUGGAGAAUGGGUAGGGGAAACAGGAUGGAUUCCUUCCUGCUCAUAGUCUUGAAGCCUUGGCUAGUUAUCUUAGGGCUUGUCUACGCUACCAGUUUUGUUGGUAUAAUUUAUUUAAAUUUGUAUAAAACACGCCCCUGAAUUACAUAAGUUACAAUGACAGACAUGCUGGUGUGGACAGUGCUAUGUUGGCAGGAGAGCUUCUCCCGCCAACAUAGCUACCCCCGCUUGUGGAGGUGGCUUUAUUACGUUGAUGAGAGAGCUCUCUUCCGUUGGCAUAGAGGGCUACAUGAACGAUCUUACCGCGGCACAGUUGUAUCGGUAGAGCUGUGCCGCUGUAAGCUCGCUAGUGUAGACACGGCCUUUGGAAUUAAAAAGUGAAUUCCCUGGUAAUUGAAUCUGUCUUAAGGUGCUGUAGUUAUGGCUGGUGUAUAAGAUGUUCUGGGUUAAGAAGGCCUUAGCUUUAAGCUUUGGAAAUAGCAGCAUGUAAAAUGCUCUGGUUAGCUUGUCAAGAGCUUUUUGGAUUAAAGACCACCUAUUUUUUGAGGUUUCUAGUUGCUAUAUAGUCAGGUGUCGGAACUUAAUGCCUUGGCACUGGGAACUGUUCACUUGCCAGCAUCAAGUGUGGGGGUGGAAGAUAUUGUAGGCCAGCACAAGAAUUAAUACAGCUCUUAUGGAUAAAACAUGAAAAAUGUAGUAAUGUUGAUCCUCUGCUAUAAAAUGAGAUGAUGUUGUACUGUCCUAUUUGUACCAUUGUUGUGUGAAAAUUGCUUUACACUAAAGAGAACUUUUUCAAAAUUUUUAUUUUCAAUAGAAAUAUACUAAAUGCCCCUACUGCAUCACAAAACUAACUGUAGUUUUUAAGGUCUUUUUUUAUGAAUUUGAAAUUGAUUGUAUAACUGUUUUCAUGCUUUCCAUGAGGAGGUUCAUGGGGAAAAUAAAAAAACUAGGGAACUGACUUCUUCAAAUUCCCGACCACAGCUGGUGAUAGGGCAGGGACCAAAAUCCAGUUUCUGCUGCUCAGACACACCUUCAAUUUGUGGGCAUCUUUGUGGAUAUUUUAGGAGCUGAACACUGACACAGGUAAGUUUACAUGGCUCCCAACACCCCUGCUUCUGAACACCACUUGAGGGCUGACCAUUGAUCAAUUAUUUGAGUUGGAAGGUGCUCCUUAUAAAUUUAGGGCUUCAUGUCACAGGACUCUGAUUGAAAUUACAUCUGUUGUGGGCUUUUCCAACAGUAUGGUCUUUAUCCACUAACUACGUAAGACUUGAAUAUGCUGGGAUCUUGGUGAGGAGCUUUGUAUCACUUUUAUAGAUUCCUUUGUUAGGCACUGUACAUACAGUAGCAAGUUAAUUCUAAAUUUUGUCUGUUACCUUGAUCCAUAAAGGAUUUUUAAAGAAUAUUUUGUGACCAGUGUCAUGCAGCUUCUUGCUGGAAUUUGUUUUUUCUUAAAUACUAAUUUUACUUGUAUAAUAUUUAGAAAUGGCUUUUAAAUCCAUUUACUUUAAUGCACUGAAUGUGUCUGUCUGAAAUGAGUCUUGGUAAUGAAGAGUCCAUGGAGUGCAUUAAUCACUUCUUGUAUUUUAAACAAUUGAAGACUGAUUUUUUGGGGGGGACCUGGGGGGAAUUCUCCCCUGUAUUGUAAUGGUUUUCACACAAACCUUUGAUAACCAUUUUUGGUGUGCAGUUGGAUACUUGAAUUUUAAGAGAUUAUGCUGCAGUGGGGUAGUAAUAAAUACACUGUAAGGGACUGAAUCAUUCCAAAGAAGGGCCCAAGGGAUAAUGUAAUUCACCUUUGGAGAAAGUGGAUUCAUCUUGAAAUAAAAUUCUCCCCUUUGAAGGAGUUCUGUAUUUAAUGUCCCUCCCUCUGAACUGGAUCCUAAAGGGCCAGAAAGCCCUUCAACUAUAAGGGUGUCAGAGUACAAAAAUCAUAUGAAACUUUAAAAUAUUUAGAAUGCUGGAUAUAUAGAGCAAAAGCAAGAGGUGCUUGCCUGGAGUGGGUUGGGUCUCUUGAUUAGUAUUGAAUUUCAUACUGCAAGUUGUAGGCAGAAGGAAACUACUUUAAUCUGGUCUUCCACGUAAGGCUGAAGUGUUCUUCUAUCAGAAACCUUGAGUUAGGGGAAAGGUUUUUUACACACAUUAGUGUCAUUAGUUUUGUAGCACUUUGAAGUUCUGGAUAAGUCCAGUCAGCAAGAAGGUCUCUGGUAGUUCAACAGAAGAAGUAUAUAGUCCAUGUGAGUGGCAAGUAUGUGCAAAUUCAGACCUAGUUAACCCAAGGACAGGUCCAUUUACUUCACUGGAUUUAUCCCUGGUUAUAUCAGGAAUACAUUUGACCUGGUAUGGUGGUGGUGUUUGAAUUUUCUGAAUCCCUGAAGGAAAUAGAGUAGUUUUCAGGAAACUUUUCUGUAAAUAGCAUCAUAAAGGGCUUCCGUAUACAGUACAGCUGUUUUAAUCCCCUUCCAAAACUUUAUAAAUUAGUGAAAUAGAAGUCUUAGGCUUUGUCUACACUACCAACUUAUGUUGCUGUAACUACGUCACUUGGGUAUGGAAAAUCCACACCCCUGACCAAUGUAGUUUAUACAAACCUAACCCCAGGUGUAGAUAGUGCAAUGUCGACAGAAGGGCUUUUCCUAUCAACAUAGCUACUACCGCCGAUGGGAAAAGUUCUCCGGUUGGCCUUGGUAGCGUCUUCACUAAGCAUUACAGUGUUACAGGAUUUACAAGUUUUAAGUGUUGACAAGCCCUAAGUAAUACAUUCAGAUUUGAACAGAUUUCCUAACAGAUUUUGGAACUUUGCUGAUUGAUGACUUAGAUCUAACUUCUGAUCAGUUUAGUAUGAGGAAAAAUGGCCCAUGGAUGAGGCUUACUUAAGUCUUUCACGGUCCGUGGACAACAUCUUGCAAACCUGGAGUAAAAUAUCUUCUUAGCUAGUAUGGGGGAAGAUGAAAGCACGUUUAAGAUUUUCAGCUCUUAAAUGUAAGCUCAAACAUAAUAAAAAACCUGGAUAAUUCAGGGGAAAGACAGAAUUAUGAGGUAAGAAAUGUAUCUGAUGAUGAAAAUAGAGACCCUAACUCACAGAAAUUGCUGGAAUAUAUAGUCUGUUGUAGUAUUUUGUUUAUCCAACACUGGCUAAUACAAAUGGCACAUGGCUCAUUAGUUACAA